CUUGUACAUUAAUGCAUGGUCUGAUAGUGGAGGUCAUUUUCUGUUAAUCAUUGGACUAUUUUAUUUUCCUUUUUUCAAAUCAAACAGCAUCCUAAUUGUUUCUUUCUCAAAGGUUCAACAAUGUCUGAUGAGUAAUACAUGCCACCACCCAUGGCCCCCAAGGCAGAGGCAAAGCCCAAAUGCAAGAUUUCAGCCUCCCGCAAGCUAUCACUGAAGAUCCUCCUGCUGACUCGAGCAAUGGAAGAGCUGGAGGCAGAGAAAGCUGCACGAGAGGAAGAGAAGGUUCGUUACCUGGGAGAGAAGCUUCCACCGCUGCAGUUCAGCGGUUUAAACAUGGAGGACCUACAGAACCUCUGUAAGCAGAUGCAUUCAAAGAUUGAUGUGGUGGAUGAGGAGCGGUACGACUACGAGGCCAAAGUCAUUAAGAACAACAGAGAUAUCAAUGAGUUGAAGCUUAAGGUGCAGGACCUCGGAGGAAAGUUCAAGAAACCAGCUCUGAGGAAGGUGAGGGUGUCUGCAGAUGAGAUGCUGAAAGCUCUGUUUGGAUCCAAAAGUAAGGGCUCCAUGGAUCUGAGGGCAAAUCUCAAAUCUGUGAAGAAAGAGGACAUCAAACAAGAGAAGGAGCUGACCAUGGAGGUGGGUGACUGGCGUAAGAACGUGGAGGCCAUGUCUGGUAUGGAGGGCAGAAAGAAGAUGUUUGAUGCAUAAUAUAACCAAAUCAAAAAAAAAAAAAAAACACAAA